AUGGCACCAGACAGCACUACCAAGCAAUAUUUUGAGCACUCAUCUGCCCCCAGACUCAGCACUACUGAUGUAAUUUCAGCCGCACUCAAGAAGCAGUACCCCUCGCUCGAAUGCUCAAUCAUCCACCCAUACCUACCAAUCGACCUCCUGGGCUUCGCCUACUCUGGCAAUGGCACCAUCAAUCCUCUCCCUGACGAUCCUACCGCCAAUAUCAAGCACGACUCUGACCUCAGCCAAUCCACCAGCAUUCACCCAUCUUCGGCACCUCUGCCCUCAUCCCUGGCCCUGACUGCCUACAUCCCGCCUGCACGGCGCGAUGGGAGCGGGUCGGUGCUCCACGAGAUCCUCUUUGACAAGUUCCUCUACAAAUGGAACGGCCACGAAUUCAUCGUCUACAUCGUAGACGCCAAGGAAGGCCUCAUUGGAGCCUACCCACAAGGCCAGCUCACAUUCAUCCUGUCUGUCUCCGAACAACUCACGCAGGGUCUCAUCCUCGCUGCCGGCAAAUGGAGUAGCGACCUGCACGAUGAGAUCUGGGUCUAUGACAGCGGCUACUGGCAAAAGAGCAAGGAUCUCUACGACAGUAUCCGCAAUGCUUCCUGGGACAGCGUCAUUAUGGACCCGGAGAGAAAGGAGGCUGUCAUUGACGACCACAUGCGCUUCUUCAAUUCACGACGUGAUUACGAGAAACUCAAAGUUCCCUGGAAGAGAGGCCUCAUCUUUUAUGGCCCUCCAGGAAAUGGCAAGACAAUUUCUAUCAAGGCAAUGAUGAACCAGCUGUACAAUCUCAAAAACCCCAUCCCCACCUUAUACGUACGGUCUCUCCAAUCGUAUAUGGGACCUGAGUAUUCCAUCAAGACCAUCUACGAUAAGGCCAGGUCAAUGUCGCCCUGUUACCUCAUCUUUGAGGAUUUAGAUACCAUUAUCACAGACAACGUAAAGAGCUAUUUCUUUAACGAAGUCGAUGGUCUCAAGUCCAACGACGGCAUAUUCAUGAUCGGCAGCACCAAUCACCUCGACCGCCUUGACCCUGGCAUUUCUCAACGACCCUCACGCUUCGACCGGAAAUAUCUUUUCGAUAAUCCGAACAAGAAAGAGAGGACCAUGUACUGUGAGUUCUGGCAGAACAAACUAAAGGAUAAUAAGGAAAUUGAGUUUCCGGACAAGCUUUGCGUGGCCAUUGCAGGAAUCACCAAUGAUUUCAGCUUUGCUUACAUGCAAGAGGCAUUUGUCGCUGCUCUUCUCGCCAUCGCACGGGGCAAAGAGGACAAACCUGAAGAACUUGAAGACGGAUGGGUCGAUGUUCUCGACAGUGAAGAUGGUGAUGGCGACCUGGACAAAAACAUGUUGUGGAUUGAGAUCCAGAAGCAGAUCGAGAUCCUUCGUCAUGGGAUUGACAAGGACUAG